GCUUGUGCACACAGCAGCUUCCCAGAGGAGACUGCAGUGGAUGCUUGCUCUGCUGCUGGAUAUUAAUCGCAUAGGGGAUGUCUUCUCUGAGCUCAGAAUCUCCCAAUGCCCAGCUGACUAACGGCCAUAAACGCAGCCGAUCGGAGAUGGCGUCUUCCGUUGCCGCUUUCCAGACAUUAGCCGAACUCGCUCACAGAGAAUACACAUCAGGCGACUACGAAAAUGCUGAAAGACAUUGCAUGCAACUGUGGAGACAAGAUCCCACCAACACGGGGGUCCUCCUUCUUCUCAGCAGCAUACAUUUCCAGUGCAGGAGGCUUGAUAAAUCUGCUCAGUUCAGCACAUUGGCUAUCAAACAGAACCCUCUACUAGCUGAAGCGUAUUCGAACCUCGGGAACGUUCUGAAAGAGCGUGGCCAUCUGCAAGAAGCUUUGGAUAACUAUCGUCAAGCCGUACGAUUGAAACCCGACUUCAUCGACGGCUACAUAAACCUGGCGGCCGCUCUAGUCGCGGCAGGAGACAUGGAACAGGCCGUUCAAGCGUAUAUCAGUGCCUUGCAGUACAAUCCGGACCUUUAUUGUGUUCGAUCGGAUCUCGGGAACCUUCUCAAAGCGUUAAGUAGACUUGACGAGGCGAAGGCGUGCUAUCUCAAAGCCAUAGAGACGUGUCCGACUUUCGCCGUUGCUUGGAGCAACCUGGGCUGUGUGUUCAACAGCCAAGGCGAAGUCUGGCUUGCGAUACAUCACUUUGAGAAGGCGGUGGCGCUCGACCCGCAUUUCCUUGAUGCGUACAUCAAUCUUGGCAACGUGCUGAAAGAGGCUAGGAUCUUCGACCGAGCCGUGGCGGCCUAUCUCCGGGCGCUAUCGUUGUCGCCGAACAACGCGGUGGUACACGGAAACCUCGCUUGUGUCUACUACGAACAGGGACUAAUCGACAUGGCCAUAGAGACCUACAAGAGGGCUAUCGAGCUGCAGCCGAAUUUCCCGGAUGCUUAUUGUAACUUGGCGAACGCCCUGAAAGAAAAAGGCCACGUUCAGGAAUCGGAAAAAUGCUACAACACUGCUCUUCGACUGAUGCCGAGUCACGCAGACUCGCUCAACAAUCUCGCGAAUAUCAAACGGGAACAGGGCCAAAUCGAAGACGCAACGAAGCUCUACGCGAAAGCCCUGGACGUCUAUCCGGAAUUCGCCGCCGCACACAGCAACCUCGCGUCGGUGCUACAGCAGCAGGGAAAACUCAACGAGGCCCUAAUGCACUACCGGGAAGCUAUCCGUAUAUCGCCGACGUUCGCUGACGCCUACUCGAACAUGGGCAAUACCCUGAAAGAGCUGGGCGAUAUCCAGGGGGCGAUGCAGUGCUACUCGAGGGCGAUCACCAUCAACCCCGCCUUCGCCGAUGCCCAUUCGAAUUUGGCCUCGAUCCACAAGGACUCGGGCAACAUCCCCGAAGCGAUCCAGAGCUACCGCACCGCACUCCGAUUGAAACCCGAGUUUCCGGACGCGUACUGCAAUUUGGCGCAUUGCCUUCAGAUCAUCUGCGACUGGUCAGGUUACGGCGAACGGAUGAAAAAGCUGGUCGCCAUCGUGGCGGAUCAACUCGAGAAAGGCAGAUUGCCCUCAGUGCAUCCUCAUCACUCGAUGCUGUACCCGUUGACUCACGAGCAGAGGAAAGGAAUAGCUGCGAGACAUGCGAACCUCUGCUACGAAAAGAUACAGAUGCUCCACAAGGAGCCGUACAAUCAUCCUCUAAAGUUGAAAGCUCGUGAGAGGCUCCGCGUGGGAUACGUCAGUUCCGACUUCGGGAACCACCCUACCUCGCAUCUCAUGCAAAGUAUUCCGGGGAUGCACGACAAAUCCCGGAUCGAGCUUUUCUGCUACGCGCUUUCGGCGGACGACGGCACGUCUUUCCGUUCGAAAAUCGCCAAAGGCUCCGAGCACUUCGUGGACUUCAGCAGCAUGAAUUGUGUGGGCGCGAUGGCCGAGAGAAUAUACAACGACGGCAUACACAUUCUUGUCAACAUGAACGGAUACACGAAGGGCGCACGAAACGAGAUUUUCGCCCUGAAGCCCGCGCCCCUCCAGGUGAUGUGGCUCGGCUACCCCGGGACGUCGGGCGCGGAUUACAUGGAUUAUAUUAUCACGGACGAAGUGACGUCGCCUCUCUGCGUAGCCGACCACUACACCGAGAAAUUGGCCUACAUGAAAGAUACGUUUUUCGUCGGCGACCACAAGCAGAUGUUCCCGCAUCUGAUCGAGCGGGUAAUCAUCAAUAAUCCCGAGGUGAAAGACAACGUGAGCGUGGUGAACGCCACGGACCUGACACCGAUCAUCGAGAAGGUCGACGUCAAGAAAAUCACCGAGGUCGCCGUCGUAUCGACCGUGACGACAGCCUCCACCAUGCCGACGUCGACUGUUGUCGAAGUUGUGAAAACGGUGAUCGAUCUGCCUCCGACCACGUCAGCGAGUCUGAGACAGGUCCUCGCUGGAACCGAAGAAGCCGCCGACGUGGACGGUGUUGUUCUACAGAGCGGGGCGGCUGCGACAGCCAACCCGAGAGAAGCGACGGGAGAAGAGGCUCCGAGCAGCAUUUUGGUGACCACGCGACAGCAGUACGAGCUGCCCGAGGAUGCGAUCGUCUACUGCAAUUUCAAUCAGCUCUACAAAAUCGAUCCCGACACCCUGCAGAUGUGGAUCAACAUUCUCAAAGCAGUGCCAAACUCCGUGCUAUGGCUGCUUCGUUUCCCCGCUGUGGGCGAACAGCAGAUCCUGGCGCAGGUCAUCGCGGCCGGUCUGGAGAAGAAUCGAGUUAUCUUCUCCAAUGUUGCCGCCAAAGAAGAACACGUUCGCAGAGGUCAACUCGCCGACGUGUGUCUCGAUACUCCUCUAUGCAACGGCCACACGACCGGUAUGGACGUUCUGUGGGCCGGAACCCCGAUGGUGACCCUACCCCUCGAGUCGCUCGCGUCCCGAGUGGCCUCCUCACAGCUGACGUGUCUGGGCUGUCCGGAACUCAUAGCGAAAGAUCGCAAGGAUUAUGAAAACAUCGCUAUUCGGCUCGGGACCGACCAACAGUAUCUCAAACUCAUCCGAGCAAAAGUUUGGCAGCAGAAGAACGAGUCGCCCUUGUUCGAUGUGAAAAACUACACAAGGAAUUUGGAAGACCUCUUCGAGAAGAUUUGGCGUCGCUACGAAUCCGGUGCCCCCGUCGAUCACAUCGUUGAUUAAAAUUUUCGGCGAUGACAAACUACCUAGCUCAUCUCUGACUGAGAGGGUUCAUCCCUACUUGACCAAUGACGCACGCUUGAUAAUCCGCGUGUGGCCCGCUCUCUCGGUAGGCUUUGACAGCAGAUUCGUCGCGAGAAGACCUUCCUUGACUUUUUUCUCCUUUCUUUCCGAAAUUCAUUAAGGGAAGCGCUUUGAGAGGACGGUUGGAGAGAUGAUUGUAUUAUUACACGUGGUUAUCAGAAGGAUGCGAAUUGCUCCCGGACCAGGCUUGCCAUCCAGAACCGGGGGAUUUCGAUCCGUGGACAGCUAUCGUUUUCUUGGUUCAUCUAAACGUAGUUCCGACUUAUGACUUUAUGAUUGUUGUCGCGGUGAGUCGACUAGCGGCUCAUCAUCACUGGGGAAUGAAAUCAUGCUACAAGAGAAACACGGACGCGAGUCUUUGACUUUUUCUUUGUACUCAUAAAUUCAAUAAAACUUGUAAAU